AUGGCCUCCGGAAUUCAAGAGUCAGCUAUUGCUGAAGGCCGCCGACUGUAUGGCGCCAAGCAAUACAAACCCGCUCUCAAGCGAUUCACGAAAGCAAUGCAACUCUGCGUUUGUGCUCGACAAGAGAAACGGCCACGAUGUAGCUGCAAGAACUUUGAAAAGGUUGCUUCUGAGGGUGGCUCCAUCUUCCACGAAGCCAUGUAUACCUGUGCCUGCACGGUGCGCAAGACGUUCAGCAAAUGCGAUAAUAAGCUACACAUACAAGCCCUUGACUACCGUGCCGCAACAUUUGAAGAGAUGAAGGAGCUUGAGAGAGCUCAAAAGGACGCUGAAUGGAUACUAGAACUUGCACCACGACUUCCAGAUGGGUAUUUACGAUUGGGCAAAAUAUCGCGCCUCCAAAAGAAAAAUGAAUUCGCUUGGAAAGUAUACACUGCUGGCAUCGAAGUCGGAAAUAAACACCGUCUUGCUGAAUCGCCCAAGUUUCAGAAACUCCGAGCCGCAAGACAACCCUUGCACAUACGGUUCUAUCGCAAAGACCCUUUAAGAAACCCGCAGGAGAUUGUUCAGCGUAUCUUCCACUAUCUCGAUUUCGGGUCUCUCGUCCGAUGUACUGGUGUCUCCAGGGAAUGGAGGCAGUACCUUACUAGUCAUGGCAAUGAGCGGCUGUGGCGUACCUUGUUCUUUAGAGAGAAACUUGCCCAUGACCGGCCACCUGGCGUGAAGUCUCUCAAGAAAUUGAUUUCUUUCUCUGGAAACGACGUCCGCCAAAUCAUUGUCGAAGACAUAUCGCGCUUCAGACUUACCCAGCACAAAUUAGUUGCCCUAUUACAAGGGUCAAAGAACCUUGAGCAUCUCGAAUUGAGGGGUUCUACCGAGGAAGACCUAAGUAUACCGGCAGCAAAGGGUAUACUUAAAAAGCUGAACCAUAUCAUUCUGCAGGACGUGAUCAUCCAGAGGCCCCAUAUCAUGGUAUCACUCUUACAACAUGCCCAUGAGAGCUUGCAAACUCUACACAUCGACGGCUUGCCCCAAAUCGACUCAUCAAACCAGAUAAUCUUUCCACAUUUACCUAAUCUUCAGUACAUGCGACUUGAAGAGCCUCGAAGGCCGAGUCCUUUCAGGCUGCGUAUGUGGCAUCUGGCCUUAAAGACGCCACGCAUGGAGCAACUCUAUCUGAAAGACGUUCAACUUUCUGGGGAACUUCCUGCAGAUGCUAAACUGGAUGACUUUUGGCCAGAACUCAAAGCAGUUACAGUACAUGGACCCAACGAUUCUGACCUGAACACUGCGCAAACAAUCCAGCAUCUAACUUCGCUACGUGGAGGCCGCACACUGCAAUACAUUGAUUUUGAUUUUCGAUGGAGACCUGAUGACGAGGGGCCCCUUGGUUUGAUCAUGCUGUCCGAGAUACUGAAUCGAGAGCCCGAGAUGCUGGCCACCGAUGGGUAUGACAAAAACUGCCAGUAUUCAGAUCUCCGGUCAUUGCGUCUCCGGCGAGCAAUGGUACCGCCAUUAAAACUGCAAAAGGUGCUUCGUGAUACCCUCACUUCGCACAAGCUCCAUACUCUCGAUCUUGCCUUUCCCCUCGAUCCUCAAGGCGUUCUUGAAGGAUCUGGCAGUACCAAACACAUCCAAGAUCAUGCCUGGCUGCGUGGAGAGCCGGCUAUCAGGUCUAUCGGGCUUUCAGAAUUCCGAUUCCGCUCAUAUCCCAAGACCAUCGACGAGAUGUAUUUACCGGGUUUUCUAGCCAGCUUCCCUAACCUCGAGAUUCUCGAAAUCAACUCGUCGCAUUAUGAGGCUCGCGAGUUGUGCAUUAUGAUCGAAGCGAUACUCAAGGUUACCCGCAUACAACGUAUUUACCAGAAAACAGUUCAUGGGGAAUGGGGAGACAAACUCCGUAAAGUGACGGACAUGCACGGAGUAGAGCUUAUAUGGGGUGACAGGCCAAGGGAAUGGCCACUAAAGAUAGAUGGUUAG